AUGAUCACAAGGAUAUGGCCGGCGCUGCUGGCCUUCCUCACCCUCUUCACCCUCCUUCCCACUACAGGCGCCGAUGACACGAAAUGGGUCACAGUGGAAGAAAAUGGAGAGACAGUAUACUUGAGAGACGACCGGAGACCGGCGUUGUACACGCAGAACUUUGGAGACUGCAUGGGCGGGAGCUUGGUCAACGUCUCACGCUUCGAUGCGGCCUACUAUGCGGACAACGCGACGGUGCUUUUCCACCUGGAGGGCUCGUCUGCCAUCGCGAAUGAGAGCUUGGUCAUGUACAUUGGAGUCUAUGCGUACGGGGAGAGCAGGUUCGACCUGGUCUUCAACCCAUGCCGUGCCAAUAUUCGCAGUCUAUGUCCGCUCAACAGCAGUAUCCCGAUCAAUGCGAACGGGUUCAUUCCCAUUGCACCAGGAGACAUUGCCAACAUCCCUUCUCUCGCGUACGACAUCCCGGACUUCGAAGGUCAGGCUAUCCUCCGCAUCUUCGCCAACAGUACCCAAAGCGAGAUUGGCUGUUACUCAGCAGUGGUCACGAAUGGCAAGUCUUUCAGCCAUCCGGAGUCCGUGGGUACUGUGCUGGGCAUCUUUGCACUGAUCACAGUUCUUGCGUCCUUCGCAACAGCCAUCUACGGCGAGGCGGUGCCGACUAUGCGUCUGCACUACGCACAUUCGCUCUCAGCUGGUGUUGUCAUGGCGGUCUUCCAGCACAUCUUCUUUACCGGAGCACUAUCGGUCAACUGGCCCUCUGUGCUGGUCGCCUGGUGGAGCAACUUCGCAUGGGCUGGCGGCAUGAUCUACUCCAGCAGCAUGCAGAGCAGCAUCAACAGCGUCAUUGGCGCUAACAUCGGCAACACGUCGCAAGUGGGUGCUGCGCCUUCGGACUCGACCCAGGACAACCUUGGUGGCGGCUACGACAUCAGCUCGAUCUACAAGCGCUCGUUCUCCGUUCCUUCGUCGUACCUGCCGGCGAAUCACCCGUUCAGGCGCGACAUGCUGACAGAGAUCUUUGACACUGACGAGUUUCGUAUGGUGACGAAGCGGGACAUUUUCACGCACCACGCCGAACGUGCUUUGGCAGCGCGGGAUGUCGUUGACAAGUCUGACGGCUACCGAUGGUACGGACACGCUGUCGGUCCUGGUCUACCUCUACCUGGCAACUACUCUGGAUUUGCUGGCACUUUGGCUGAGGAGAACAUCCCCGUAUCGAACGCAUUCAUGACCGGAUUCUUGUGGUUCCUGAUCCUGCUUGUCCUCCUUGUGGCCGCUGUCGUCACGUUCAAAGGAGCACUAGAAGGCCUUGCGAGGUUCAAUGCUAUCAACGCGGAGAGGCUGCGUUUCUUCCGCGACCACUGGAAGCGCUACGCCGGUGCGGUUGCGCUGAGGACUUGCUACAUCGGCUUCUUCCUGAUGAUGUUCCUGACCAUCUUCGAGUUUACCUAUCAGUCCUCUGCCGGAGUGAAGGUUGUCGCAGCUUUCGUGUUCGUCAUCUUCCUCGUCGGCAUUUCGGGGGUGGCGUGGUAUGCUUGCUACUACAAGAAGCACCUCAUCAUCAAGGAUCCGGGCUCAGCAGCAGGCCAAGUCGAGCGUAAGAAGCUACUUGGCGUGAUUCCUGUGGCUGCAAAGAAGGAUACUACUGCACAGACUGGCGAGACACAAGCUACAGAGACAUCGAGAGACGAGAAGAAGUCGGGCAAGGCGUUUUGGAAGCGGAAGAGCGCGACUGACAGCAUCGCGAACAACCCGGACAGCGUCGACAACAUCCACGACUACGAUGACUACACGAUGAAGUUCGGCUGGCUCGUGUCUCGCUUCAGGCGCUCGCGCUGGUACUUCUUCACCGUCUGGAUCUUCUACGAAUUCCUGCGUGCAGUGUUCUAUGCUGGCGCAUCAGGAUACGCCCUCGCACAGGUCUUUGGCCUCCUCAUCAUUGAAUUCCUCGCUUUCAUCUACAUCAUCUGGGCACGGCCGUUCGAAGGUCGCCGGCUCAACCUACUUGUCGUCUACUGCUUGGGGUUCAGCAAGGUUGCAUCCGUUGCAUUGUCCGCGGCGUUUGACGUGCACUUUAACCUGGAGCGCAUCACCACGACUGUCAUCGGAAUCGUCAUUGUCAUCAUCCAGGGCAUACUGACCAUCAUCACCAUGAUCGCUGUCAUUGUUGGCGCAAUCAGCAGCUACAUGUCGAUCUCGAGGAACCGGGAGGACUUCCGCCCGAGGAAGUGGCAUGGACUGAGGGAGAAGUACUUUGACCAUUUGGAUCGUGUGGUUAAUGACCUGCCGCGCGAGCCGAAGCCUAAGAGGGUGAAGCGUUCUGAGCGGGAGCGGCAGGAGGCGGAGGAGUCGCAGCCAGGCUUUGCGAUUCGGAACAUGAGGCGAGAGAACAAGAUUGAAGACGACGACACCGAGUUUGCGUCGGAGAUGCGACCGCAAGAUCCGAAUGCUUCCUAUGUCAGCAUGGACAGGAAAGUCUCGACACCGCCUUACGGCAGCGGCGCCGCCACACCCGUUCGCCAGAGCAGGGCCGGGAGCAUGCACAGCAUGAGCAACACGAAUCUGCCUUAUGGUGCUCGACCUCACCGACCUAGCUGGAGCACGAGAGACUUCAGCAUGGUUGGUGCUGAUGAGAGUCGCCAGUCUUUCACGCCUAUCGACAUGAGCCGGACUGUUCCCGACGAGGACGAAGCAGUCGCCCCACCCUCUCCAAAGAAGGGUCGUCACAGCAGAUCCGCAUCGCUAAGCAGCGUCCUGCACAAGUCAUCCGCGCCCGCACUCGCCGUGAAGCAGCAGCCCAGUUCGGACUCCUUCCAAGUUGGCGGUGAUGUCAGCACUCGCGACACGAUCGGCAGAGUCCCCGCACCGUCCAUGCGUCCGCGCUCGAACACGCAUGGCUCGCGGAACAGUCGCACCGGCACACCGUCGUACGUAUUCGACGAGCGGGACGACGAGUACGAUGAUGCCCAGCCCGGCCCGAGCAGUCAACGCGCGAGCAGGUAUCCUCUGACGCCUGCGCAGGAGAUGGAGGAGUGGAGCACGCCGAAGGUUAGUCAGGAGGAGAGGUGA